CAAAUUUACUAUCAUCGAAUUAUUGUAGUUUCAGAAGUCGUUGUUAUUGUACCACUGCUGCUAAUGUUGUAGUAGCCAGCAGCAGCAGUGAAGCAGUAGUGAAGCAGCUGUAUCAGCAGCAGCAGCGAUAGUGGCUACGGUUUAGUGUGUUGUUGGCCGUUGGAUAGAGUUGAUGUUUUCUUACCAUUCUCUUCAUGUCUGUCUGCUGGGAACGAUGUCGACUAGGAAUCGCUACUGUCGACCGUUAGACCAAGUUCCACGCUGGAUGCUUUCUCCCCCUCUACUAUAAGUCGACUUUACCUAUGUGUAUAUAUAAAUAUACAUACAUAUAUAUAUAAGUCGAGAGGUGGGGGGGAAAAAACACACGGAUUAUACACAUACAUAUGCGCAUACACAUCCGAAUAUAUACAUAUUUUUUUGAGGCAGCUGACCGUGACCUGACAACAAUAUAUAUAUACACACACACACGCAUAUAUAUAUAUAUGUGUAUAACAUAUGAGUGUAUGUAUGUAUAAUAUUAUACUAUAUAUACAAGUAUAUAAAAAAUAUUUAUAUAUGAGUAUAUAAAAAAUAUUUAUAUAUGAGUAUAUGUUAUACAUAUAUAUAUAUAUACAUAACAUAUAUAUAUGUAUAAAAUAUAAAAAAACAAGCACCAUGUAAAAUACUACAUGAAAUUUUUCUUUUUCCUCCAACCCUUCUUUUACCACCUCCAUUCACCACCAUAUAUAUAAAAAAAAAAGGAAAAAAAGACAGAAGGAAUUUAUUCACCUUCUCACCCCCCAACCUCCUACCACUGAUUUAUACUACUCCCACUGCACCAUCGUUACUCCCACCACCAUUAUCACUACUGGUAAAAAAAAAAAAAGAGAGAACACCUCUUCCUUCUCCAGUCACUCCCCAUCCACUAGCUCCCACCUCCUUCAUUCUCUUCAUUAUCAUUGUUUCUUUCUCUAGCUGUCUGCCUCCUCCUCUCUGUUUCUCUCAGACUGUCUGCCUCCUGCUCUCUCUCUUUCACCUUCUACAUUCAUCUCAUCCUCUUUCUAUUACUUCCCUCUUUCCUUCCCUCCUUCGCUACGCUCAAUCUCCUUCGUAUACUUCCCUUCUUCUCUGGCUCCACUCAUUGCCUUUCUUAUACUUCCCUUUACACUCCAUACUUUCUCUCUUGUGACACUUACUCUAUCUACUUCCAUCACUCCCUCUCUCUCGCCUUCCCGUGCGUCUCUCUUUUUCCUUUCACUUCCCCCUCUCUGUCGUUUUUCUACUUUUUCCUCUCCUCAUCCUCCGUCGUUCACUCACUCUCUUACUUCCACUUGCUCUCCUCCUCGUCCUCCCCUAGUUGUGUGUCAAUAUGGCGGAAGAGAUGGAAGGUGUGACGCUGUUCUCGUCUGAGCAGAAUCACCGAGAAAUGGACUGUAAGAAGAACUAUGGACGACGGAAACUGCCGAUCGAUCCACUCAAAGAAUCGGAAGAGUUCUUCGAGGUGGACAAAAUUGUUGGAAUGACUAAAAUAAACGGAAAAGAGCGUUAUAAAGUCCGUUGGGUUGGUUAUCCAUCAUCAAAUGACACAUGGGAACCACGAGAAAAUCUGCUACCUUGCAUUGAAAUGGUUGAAGAUUUUGAGAGAGAUAGACAAAGAUUAAAAAAGCGACGAGCAGAAGAAAGAAGAAUCAGAAAAAAGCAGACCUUAAAUGACGUGGCCAUGAUGGAAGGUCGGCUUCUGCCUGGAGGUGUCUUGCCUGUUAAGUUGGCAUCAUCUGCCUCCAACAGCAGUACAAUUGCCAGUUCUACCAAUGUAAGCACCAUUGCAGAAUCCCAAACAGCAUCUAAUACUACUGAGGCUACAGCUAUUGCUAACUCCAACCUUUUUGGACAGGAUCAUUCUACUACGCUCAAAGAUACUUUCUGGAAAGAUCUGGAGGAAGGAAAAGUUGACUUAUUUGAAACUGAUAUGUAUUCGAAAGUUAAAGCUCAGGGACGAGCUUCACGUCCCAAAUCUUUUAAAAAUGCUUUCAACAAACAAUCUGAGCGAUUGCGAGGAACAAACACUUCCCAAUCGCCAAAAAAAUCUUCGUCAAAAGGAAAUCGUAAACAGAAGAUAUUAGCGAAAUAUUAUUCUCAGAGAAGGCGGACUAAUAACCAUCUACGGAAGUCUUCUGAUAAGACUCAUAAUUCGUAUGGAAUGAAAAAUGAAGGGUCUAAUGCUGGGAAUAGAAAAUGUGAUGAUAGAUUAAAUGAAGGUGUUACGAAUGUAGGAAACUUUUCCGAGCAAGACUGGAGCUAUAGUGAUGCCACAAGCCCGGCUGUCAUGAAGUCAUGUGAUCUCAAUAUUAUGGACUGUGAUAAAAAAUCUAGCAUAUCUUACUUAAAAGAGGAGGACGACUGUUCUGAUGAGUUUAUAUGCCAAGGGACGAUUGCUGAACAAAGUUCUCAGGGAUGUCUUGAAAGCCCACCAGCAAAGGAAAAUCUGUCAACCAAUGAGCAGACUGAUUAUGAUUCAAGUAAAGAUUUAGAAAACGAUGAUCAUUCAAAAUCACAAAUAACUUGUGAUGCGUCAAGUCAGCAUUGUGACUGUGAUAACCUCUCGACACCAUCUUCAUCGCCAUCCUCGGCAGUGCAUCAUCAGAACUCGAAAGACCCUCCACAUUGUCUUGCCAAAAAACGAAGAACUCGCCUAAAGCCAAAUAGAAACAUAGUAAUAAGUUAUUCUUCAAAACGGAAAAAAACUAAAUUUCAAAACCUACGGACACCUCCGAAAAGGACGAUGAGGACUACGAUGAAUUCGUUGCCUCCUGAAAAGACUAGUUGCAAUAUAUUUGCAGUGGGAGAAAGCAGUGUUGAUAGUGGAGUGUCUAGCUUAAGAAACGAAACCGAAACUGAAAUGGACAGUAAUUCUCCAGGGCUGGAGUCCGUGGCAUCGACAGUGUCAAUAUCACGAUCAAUGACCCCACAAGACACUGGAAGUGUGAGUUUACUAGAAGAGGAUAAUGUUAUAUCAGAACCCUGUUUGUUUGUUUCUGAUCUGCUCACUCCUAUGUGUAGUAGUAGCAAUAACAGUAAUAGUAAUAGUCAGUUAUUAUUGCCAUGUGAUGAGCUCAACACAGAUUCCAAACUGUCAUCAACAGAAGACAAAUAUGGAAGCAUUAACAACCGUUACGCUUCCAAGAUCAAAGCAUGUCGAUCAACGACGGACAUGUGUCCUGAAGGAAAUUCUGUAUCGAAACAGUCACUUGCGUCUUCAAAUGCAAGUGGAUAUUCUUUGACUGACCAGACUUAUGGAAUGUAUAAUAAUUCUAAAAGCUCUCUCGGAACUUCUAACCGAUGGGAAAUGAGUGCUCUUUUAAAGCUUCAGAACCCUUUAAUAUCCAUAAGGAACAAAAUUGUCCGAAAUUUCUUUGAUGCUUGUACAACAGAAGAAUUAACAAAUUUUUGUUGCUGUUAUCGAAGGUCGGAAAGGUCACGAGACUAUGAGAGUGCAGCUUCCACAUCAACCAAAAAACCAAGGUUAUCCAAUGGUACCGUUCUUCACUUAUCCAAUGAUGAAUUUACACAAGCUGUACUAGCAGGUGAUUAUGGUAAAUUAAAAUCUGCUUUGAGAGGAGACCGUUGGAGAUAUGAUCUAGAAUCUCCAAACAGCGGUGGCUACACAUUAAUAAUGCAAUCCAUCUUGAGAGGUUUCAGUGAUAUUACACUACUGUUGGCACUUGCUGGAGCUCAGUUGGACAAAGAACUAAGUACUGGUGAAACUGCAUUGACCUUAGCUUGUACCAGAGGUGAAGUAGAAGCUGUGGAAGUCCUCGUAAAGUUGGGCGCUAACCUAGAGAAAUAUACAACAAACAAAGAAACGGCGUUAAUAAAAUCUGUCUUGAGUGGCAAUAUUCACAUAGUGAAAUUACUACUGGACCAUGGUGCUAAUAUUGGUUUUCAAAACAAGGACAACUUAAAUUCUUUGGAUUUAGCCAGUAAAAAUCCAAGCCUCAGUGAUAUAGAGAGCCUUCUUUCCAGUUACAGUGAAAAGAUUUCUAACCAAAUGAAUCAGUGCAUUAAGAACUGGCUUGGUGAACAGAACACACUAUUGGAAGAGGUUUUUCCUCUGCAGUGUAUGUCUCUUGCUAAAAGCCGAAAAAUCCAAAUUUCAUUUCGUCACAUUGUGAAGGAAUGUACUUACUAUGAAGGUUACCUUCUGUUUCUGGUCCACGUCAACGACAUAGCAGCACUACAAAUUGGUUGCAGGCUAAAAGGAGAAUCUGUGGUAUCUCAGGUGUGGUUGAAUGGUGUUUUAGAGAAACAAGUAUCCUUGCCAUCAAAGUUUGUGAUGUCAUUCAGGAAUCUCAGGCAUGGAGACAACACAUUGCUUAUCGAAACAUACCCUGAUGUCAGAAUAACAUUAUUAAUAUGUGCAUACAAAAUUAGAAUGAAUACUGGAUGAAAAUGGUUGUGGUGUCAGUAAGAAAAUGUUCAAAAUGUAGGAAAAAAACCAGGUGAAAUGUAAAGAAGCAAAACUACAAAGAGGAGGACAGUUAUCAGAAAAGUGAGAUGUGGAAACAUAAAGUAACCUUCGACCCUUUGUCUUUCAUAUAUCUUUAUAAAGGAGGAAACAUUAUUAUGAUUAUUAUUAUUAUUAUCAUUAUUAUUAGCCCCCUAAUUUAUAUCGACUAAGAGACAUGGAAAGCAAUAAGAAUAGACUGGUGUCUAAUGAAUUCAAGCAGGUUUGUGAACAUCCGUUCAUUGUAUAGCGAGUUAGUGAACUUCACUCCUCCACAACAAGCACCCACCAGUGUUCAUUGCGAACAGAUCAGCAAAUGAAGAGUUCAUUUCCACACAGAUUUAGCUGAAUUAUUAUUAUUAUUAUUAUUAUUAUUAUUAUUAAUAUUAUUACUACUACUACCACUAUUAUUAUUAUUGUUAUGAUUAUUAUUACAUGGACAGUAUCAUUUCACCAUGGAGUUGUUUCCUGAUAAUCUUAAUCAGAAUGUGAAAAAAAAAAAAAUGAAAAACAAAAUAAAAGAAAAAGAGGUUCCGUUCACACCUGGUGGGCGCUGUUGUCAUCGUCGAUGCUGUUGCUGCCGCUGUCAUUGUCAUUAUGACCAACUCUGCAAUGCCCUCUUUUUUUGCACCUGGACACAGAGACAAUUCAUUUGGAUUGCUGGAACUACCCACCCCCAUCCCACAUGUUCCAGCCACAAAAAGAAAAACAAAACAAAACAAAACACACAGGCUAACACUUCAAUUUUUUUUUUUUUUGGGGGAGGAUACACCUCUCUCACUUUCUCCUACGAAAUGUCCUACCUGACUGACUUUUCAUAUGGUUCCAGCUGACACCCCAGUUUGAAACCUCCAAAUCGGAAUGUAAGCUAAGCACUGUGUUGGUGUGUUUCCGUACCGACUGACUCAACCAAUAUCUACCUUAAAGCUGAUUCAUCAGGACUUGAUAUAAACUGGGUUGCUUCGUGAAACCCUGCUCACUGCUGAGAGCAUUACCAAGCUAACAAAGGAAAAGAGACAUUAUACAUCUUCUCAGCGGAGAUUGAUGUUAUAUGCUGACGCCUGGUGUGUCAUCAUUUUGGGAAGGAUUGUUUUUUUUAUUGUUUUUUUUUUUUAAACCUUCUCACUUACAGAAUUUGUUUAUUUGUAGCUAAUUGCUACUGUAAUUAUUAAUUAUUCUGUAUUAUUUUAAUGGCAGUGGAUGGCAGAAUCAGUAGAGUGCCGGACAAAAUGCUUUGCGGUAUUUGGUCGCGACCCUGUACACACUGAGUUCAAAAUACCACUUGGGCCAACUUUGCCUUUCAUCCUCCCAGAGUUGAGGUCGAUAAAAUAAAGUACCAGCCAAAUGCUGGGGUCGAUCUAAUCGAUUGUUCCUUCCCCCUACACUCAAAAUGUGAGGCUUUGUGCCUAACUUAGAAAUCAUCAUUAUCAUUAUUAUUAUCUUAGGAGCAGCUGAUAGCAGAAUCGGUAGAGCACUGGACAAAAUGCUUUGCAGUAUUUGGUUGCAUGCCCUGUACUUUCCGAGUUCUGAAAUCUUGCUGGGGUUGACUUUGCCUUUUAUCCCUCUGGUAGGGACUAACAAAAUUAAAGUACCAGUCUUGAAUUGAGGAAGGAUUCAGAUUUAGUCAUCUCUGCACCCUUUCCUCCUAUCACUUGUGAAUUUGUGGCCAUAGGGCUAAAGUAAGAAAUCAUCAUCAUCAUCAUCAUUAUUAUUAUUUUUAAAUAUCACUAAUGUGCUGGGGUUAACAUAAAUUACUGUUUCUGACCCUCCCCCACUCCAUACACACACCUAGAUUUCUGGCCUUGAGAAAUUAUUGCUACUGUUAGUAUAACUGGUCUGGCCCUUUUCUCAUUCUCUACUCUCCACUAUACACACUUACACACUGAUACUCUCCCACUCCCAACAUCUGCACCCCUCUGACUUUAUUUUUGUCCCCCCCAAACCUCCUGUUCUCUCCCUUUUCUUGACUGUACAGUUUUUGAUUCUGCUGCUGCUGCUUUCUGCCGUGUCAUCUUCACUUCCAUUACUGCUAUCAUCUUCCUCAUCACUGUCAUGACUUUAUAAAGACAAUUCCUUUAUAAAUUAAUCUUUCAAAACGAGCAGAAAAGUUUUGUUUUUUUUUAAGUAGGGGAAAUGAGAUUGAGAAAGUCUAUUCAUCUUUUCGUCCCUUUUGUAGCAUCAUCACCACAAACCACAACAUUCAUAGAACUCUCAGCAGGAAUUUCUUGCUUUAUAUAUACACUCACAUACACACACACACACUUACUCUCUCUUCUCUUUCUCUUUUCAUAUUAUGGCACAUUUACUUUCUUUCCUCAAUCGAGUUAAAUUCAGAAUGACUUAAAAACAACAAAUAAUAAGCAGUACAAAAGUCUUGACCAUUCCAGUUGGUCUUUGAAUAAUAGUUCCAGGUGAUCCUUCCUCUUUUCCCUCCACUUCUUUCCUCGGCUGACAGAAAAAUGUUAAAUGUCAGAGGAUCAAGUUAAAUACUGAAAUGCCUCACAGCAUUUAGAUUGGUAAUUGUUAUAUGUUUGGGAAAGAAGCCGGUCAGAUAUCACACGAGUGUUGGUUUUUACCUCCUUUCAUCUGAGUGGAUGCAUUUGUAGUAUAAGUACCAGUGAUAAUACUGGGAUGAUUCAAUUCACUACACAAAUUUGUCCUUUGCCAAUGUGAGAUGAUGGAAAUAAAAAUAAUUACUGUUAUUAUUAUGAGGGUGCCUGACUUGCAGAACUGUUAGAGCAUCAUUUCUAUAUUUUAGCCAUCAGUGUUUUGCCACUAGCCUUCCCCACUCUGAAAUUAAAUUCUCUCAUCAUUUCUAAGGUCUUAAAAAAAAAAAAACCCUUAACUGCCGGGCCAGCCCCUAAGUAAUUAAUCAUUUCAAUACAUAUCAUUGGUUCAUCAACGUACUUCUUUAUAUUGAUUAUAUCAGGUAGGCAAGGCACCGUGCUACCCUAUUCCCUUAUAUUGAAUCUCUCUCUCUCUCCCUCUCUACACAUAUAUAUAUAGUGAAUGCAAAAGAAGAGUUUGUGUGUGUGUGUACUUUUCUUUCCUCCUUCUAUCUAGUCCAUCCAUACAUUCUAUUUCACCCCUAGAACUCCUUCAUUAUGCUUCUCACACACUUUUAUCUCUUUCCCUUUUCUAAUUUUUCUCUCUAUUUUCUAUCUAGUUUUAAUGUAGAGAAAUUUAACAAAUUAUUACUGGCAACUUAAUUACAUACUGUGUAAUUAGUGCAUCAUUUUGGUUAACAUCCUCUUUGGUGCUUCUUUCUACUGCUGUUUCUCGUUUGUCAUUUUAAUCUACCCUAGGGAUGGGAUGUAGAUGCAACAGUUGUUCCACUAUGUAGGAGGCUGUGGUACGUCUAUCCCAGAUCUCUAGUUCCCUCCAUUCAGGCUGGAACUCAGAUACAUUAGCUUCACUUAUCUGGGAGUGUAGUUUUGAUACUCCUUUACAUCACUAAUGUACCAGGGUGUGACUGAUGUGAAUGGGAUGUGACUGAGGUUAUGUAAGGUAGGGUAUUGGUUUGGUGGAAGUAAGGUAAAAUAAUUUUAAGAAAAAGUUCUUAUCGUGUAGGGCAGAAGUGUGUAUGAUAAUGUACUGGAUUGUGAGGGCAGAAGUGGGUGAGGAUAACACUGGUUAAUGUAGGGCAGGAGUGGGUGGCGAAAACACUUGGAUGUGUGUAGGGCAAAAGCAGGUAGGGAUAACACAGGUUUGUGUUGGGCAAAGAUGGGUGGAGAAAACAUUGGUUUAUGUAGGGCAGGGGUAUAUGGGUGGGGUUAACAUGUUAAUUGAUUCAUUAGAGCAAAGAUAAUGAGUGUAACACUGGUUUGUGUUGAUGGUCAUUCGUGUAGUCUUAGUUUUCAUCACACUGACCUUCAGCAUCCAUUCAAGUUGACCAUCAACAUUGAAGUCAGUUGACCAACUAUUGGAGAUUAACAGAUCAAGUUCUCUAAUUACAACAUCCUUCUCUCUGUAUACUCUAACAUGCAGUGUUUUAGUGUAGUAGAGUAGAUGUGGCUCUUGAGUCAAUGGAAAUAGCAGCAAAAUCUUCCUUAAAUUGCUUCAAAUCUUUGAAAGGAAAGCAAAAAUAAAGAACCUAAAUUUGAAAACACUGGUGUGGAGUAGAUAUUGUGCAUGAUGAAUGUAGCUAAACAAUGGCUGGGUAGAAGUGGAACACCUUGGUGGUUGAUGUAGAGCAAAUGUGGACCCAUGUAGAUGUGGGACUUACCCAAUAUUUAUCUGGCCUGCUGAUGUUCUUGAGUAAGCAGGUUAUUAAAUAUCUCUGUGAUAGCUGGUCCUCAUAGAGUUUAAAAACGUUGUGAGGAACCCAUUCCAUGAACGAUAGUAUCUUCCAGUGAAGCUUCAAUGGAUGUGUUAUAGCUUUGCUAUGAUAUCAGUUGAAGUAUAAUGCUGGACAUUUCCUGGGUUUUGUCUUUUCCUCAGGAUUUUCAAGGAAUUUGAAAUUUCAAAUGGGUGCAGGUGUGGCUGUGUAGUUAAGUUCAUUUUGCUGCCUUGUGCUCAGUACCUUGUGAGUGGAAUUUUGCAAAUGGAAACUGUGCAGAAUCCUGUUGUGUGUGUGUGUGUAUAUAUAUAUAUAUAUAUAUAUAUAUAUAUAUAUGUAUAUAUACUCAUUAUUUGUCAGGAAGUAUGUAGUAUUGGGAAAGAAAUAAAGUUGAUACUCUUCAAAUGAAGUCCUUUGUGAUAUAUAUUCUGCCCUAAGUUACAGACACACCCUUGUUAUUCUCGUUAGCAAUGCAAUGAGCCAGUAAUUGCCCAUUGGAAACUUGUGACCAAUGACAAUUGUGAUAUAAAAUAAAUUGAUAUAACCAAACAAAAAUAUUUUUAUAAGCUCAGAUCUGGAAAGUAAAUUUUGAAUUGACUGAAAUUUCAUUUUAUGAAGAAAAAAAACAACCAGAUCUUUAUUUCUACUAACGACAUAAUUGUGCUAGCAUUUCUCUGAUCACCCUCUUGUCUAUUCUUUGUCCCUCUCUCCUCUCUCCCCCAUUUUUUCCUUAGUAUUUGGGAUGAAAUUCUCUUGAUUUGCUUGCCUGUUGUUUCAUCCCAACCUCUUCUCCAGGUGCAUCAUUUCUCUAGAAAUUGUUUUACAUAUAUAUUUAUGUGUGUGAUAAAUACAUGCCUUGCAGACUUGUCCUUCUUAUUGCAUCUGGGAUCAACAUUUCUUAUUUUCCAACUUGUCAUAAUAUUAAGUUCUUGGGGGAUGAUCUUGGGAUGCAAAAAACAUUUUAAAGAACAUUCUACAUGUCUCAUCUGCUUAAACUCCUUCCUCUCAAUUUGUUCCUCUUCACCUUACUUUCUGUACUGUUUUUUUUAACACAAAUACUUUUUCACUCUUCCCUCUUACUCUCUCUCUCUUGCUCUAAAUAACAUACUCUAAACACUACCACCAUUAUCACCAAUGUUCUUCCCUGUGAAUCUCUUGUUCUCCCCUUUCUCACUAAAUGUUCCCCAACACACUCUCCUUUCUGCUCAUAGAUGGGUGAGGGCCACACCUGCUCACUAAACUUGGUAGGGCAUGGUUCUUCGUAAACUCAACAUUUAAUUAUAUUCUAGGGACUUUUUUUUUAUUUGUUUGCAUCUGUGUGUGAGAAUUUUAUGGGGAUGGGGUGUUACUUGUAGAAAAGAAAAAACAAUCAAAGUGGAAUUGUUUUUUGGAUACUCUAAAACUAAUACUGGAUCAUUGGAUAGGAGAUUUUUUCAAAUUUAAAAAAAAUGUUUGUGUGUGUGUGGAAGAGGUGCGGUUUGAAAAAUAAAUUAAAUAAAAUUGAAGAAGCAAAAUACCCAUGCACACCAUGCAUCCAUAUUAUCAUCAUCAACUAGAUAGCUCCCUUUCUCAGCAAAGAUUCAAUUUAUCUAUUAAAAAAACACAUUUUACUGUCAAACUCCGAAUCAAGAAAACAUAAGCAAGUCCCCCACCCACUUCCUCUGACUCCUCCCUUUAAAAAAAAAUCAUUGACCAAAACCAUUAUUUUUUUUCCAAUAAGUCUUAACUUCCUUGGAAUUAAAAACAAGUGAAAAAAAUAUUAAGAUAUAUAUAAAAGACAAUAAUAAUGAUGAUAAUGAUUAAAAAAAUUAAAAACACAUUCCUUGUGUCUGGACCUCUUUUCCAGCAAAGUCCACCAUUAUACUUAUUUUCUCUCUCUCUCUCUCACAGACUCCUUCUCACUCCAUCUCUCUCUCUCUCUCUCUCUUUCUUCACCAGCCGAUCAUCUCUUAAUUGUUUUCCCAUUCUUCAUUUUAUUAAUUAUAUAUAUAUACAUACAUAUAUAUAUGUCUCCCUCACAUCCUUUUCUCUCACUCCCUUAUUUAUUUACUUCAGAACAACAUGAAAAAGAAAGAAAAAAUAAACAACAAAACCAACCAAAAAAUAUAUAAAAAAAUAUAAGCAAAAACAAAAAAAAUCUGUUGGCAGGUUUUUAAGGCCUCGAAAUAAAGUUGUACAUCAUUGCAAA